GUAAAUAAGUUUUUUUUCAAGCCCAAGGGGCUCCACCAUUAUGUCUCCAUGUUAUUUAUACAUGUUAAUGGUAUCUAAAUAAUGUGCUUGUGCUGCAGAAUGUUCCAUUAAUUCAAAUGUUUGAGAUAAACUUUAGUACAAGCAGUUUAUUUUAUUAGUAUACUACUCUUUUAAGUUCAUCCCAUCUGUGUGUGUGUCUCCACAGCCCAUACACCAUUCUCCUCAGUGGCUUCAGAUGCCUCCAAUCAUGGGACCACCAAGCUCUUCCCACUGUCAGUGCGUUACUGGACGCCAGACUUGGGAGUACAGAGGAAGGUCCUUGAUUUCUAUGAUGACAGUGAUGAAACAUCUGCCGCCAUCUACAACCAGAUAGUUACCAAGCUGGAGGAAAACGGACUGGGACUAGACAUGAUAUCUGCGUAUUCUGCUGACAAUGCUAGUGUGAAUUACGGGAGAUACAACUCUGUCUUCCAGAAACUGAAAGAGAACAACAAUUGCAUUUUGAAGGCAAACUGUGUGGCCCACAUCGUUCACAACAGUGCAAAACACGCAGGAGAUCGGCUACAUAUCGACAUCGAAAAUGUCGUCAACAAGACCUUUAGCCACUUCUCCUCAUCUGCCAAACGCAUUGAGGAACUUAAAUCAAUUCACACCUUUGUGGAGACAGAGUACCAGUCCCUGCUUAGACAUGUGCCCACAAGAUGGCUGAGCUUGUGGCCUGCAGUGAAGAGGCUUCACGACAGCUGGGCUCCUAUCAAGACCUACUUUCUCUCUUUGGGAGAGGACGAGUGCCCAAAGUCACUAUGGCGGCUGUUCAAGAAUGACCAGGAUGGUGAGGGCAACCCCCUUGAUCUACAGGUUUACCUGUCCUUCCUCAGCAAUGCGCUGAAGAUUUUCCAUGACACUGUGCUGGUGCUGGAGCGAGAAGAUGGAACUGUCUGUGAGCUCUACGAUAUGAUGUUCACCCUAAAAACCAAGCUACAGCAACGACAGAGUGAUGGUUUCUUUGGGGCCCAGGGCAUUAGCUUCUUUCCUCUUGAGUAUGUUCGGUAA